CUUAAGUGACAUCCCAUUCUUAAUCCAUAGGGUUUAAUAUGACGUCGGCCCACCCUUUGCAGCUAUAACAUCUUCAACUCUUCUGGGAAGGCUUUCCACAAGGUUUAGGAGUGUGUUUAUGGGAAUUUUUGACCAUUAUUCCAGAAGCGCAUUUGUGAGGUCAGACACUGAUGUUGGACGAGAAGGCCUGUCUCACAGUCUUCGCUCUAAUUCAUCCCAAAGGUGCUCUAUCGGGUUGAGGUCAGGACUCUGUGCAGGCCAGUCAAGUUCUUCCACACCAAACUCGCUCAUCCAUGUCUUUAUGGACCUUGCUUUGUGCACUGGUGCGCAGUCAUGUUGGAACAGGAAGGGGCCAUCCCCAAACUGUUCCCACAAAGUUGGGAGCAUGGAAUUGUCCAAAAUCUCUUGGUAUGCUGAAGCAUUCAGAGUUCCUUUCACUGGAACUAAGGGGCCAAGCCCAGCUCCUGAAAAACAAGCCCACACCAUAAUCCCCCCUCCACCAAACUUCACAGUUGGCACAAUGCAGUCAGACAAGUACCGUUCUCCUGGCAACCGCCAAACCCAGAUUCGUCCAUCAGAUUGCCAGAUGGAGAAGCGUGAUUCGUCACUCCAGAGAACGCGUCUCCACUGCUCUAGAGUCCAGUGGCGGCGUGCUUUACACCACUGCAUCCGGCGCUUUGCAUUGCACUUGGUGAUGUAUGGCUUGGAUGCAGCUGCUCGGCCAUGGAAACCCAUUCCAUGAAGCUCUCUACGCACUGUUCUUGAGCUAAUCUGAAGGCCACAUGAACUUUGGAGGUCUGUAGCGAUUGACUCUGCAGAAAGUUGGCGACCUCUGCGCACUAUGCGCCUCA